UGUGGCAUCGUCUUGUUUUAACUGGGUUAACUGGUUUUCUAAGGGCCUGACCGACCAGCAGGGAACUGCUUUGGGAAACAUCGCCGGUAUGGUCGGCUCCGUCUGGCUGAUGGAGGCGGACAGGAAGAGAGAUGUCAACAUGACGUCUGGGAUGUUUUGAAAAAAACACGCCGGGGUGUCUGUGCGCGUCUCCGUUGACCAUCUUCUGCACUCACCCGUUAACAUUGCCUUUCGUGUCGCCUGUACGUCCACGCAUACGUUUUGAUGUGAAUACAGCAUUUGGAGCUAUGAACGGGAGUUCAAACCCUCUGCUGGAUAAGGAGGAACAUGUUUUGAAGCUUGGGGAGAGCUUUGAAAAGCGGCCGAAAUCGUCUUUUCACACCAUCAGAUAUGACUUCAAACCCGCUUCCAUUGACACCACAUGUGAGGGUGAACUGCAGGUGGGAAAAGGAGAUGAGGUCACCAUAACUUUGCCUCAUAUUCCCGGCUCGACACCACCAAUGACCGUAUUCAAAGGGAACAAGCGGCCUUACCAGAAAGACUGUGUCCUCAUCAUUAAUCAUGACACUGGGGAGUUUAUGCUGGAAAAGCUCAGCAGCAGCAUACAAGUGAAAAAAACCAGAGCUGAAGGCAGUAGCAAAAUACAGGCUCGCAUAGAACAGCAGUCAGUGAGGGUGCCUCAGCCCCCGUCCCAGUUCAGAGCCCCCACCAAACCAGGGGCUGGUGCUAAGACGUCCCCCACCAAGGACAAUCCCUCACCGGAGCCCCAGCUGGAUGAUAUAAAGAGAGGUAAGCUCUUGUUCUGUUACCUCCUGGGCCACUUUAAAACAAAUCUCACCCAUAUAAGUAAUAAUCUUCAUGCUGGGGUGCAGAAGGGGUUGUUUACCCCCUUUUAUGUGUAAUUACGAACAUGAAUC